AAUUAAUAUUAACAAUAAUAUUAACAAGGAAAAAAUAGAGGGGGGCUCAAGCGUGAGAGAUUGUUGUUGUGUUGCACAUCAUUCUGACACCGUCCCGGAUUUACCUCGCUAGGUUUCUCUGAUCAUCAAAACUCCAAUUCUCAAUUCCAAUCCAACAGAGAAACCGAGACGGAGAUGACUUAGGGUUUAUGUUUCAGAUUCACUCCAUAAUUCACUUCCAUUCACAUCAACAACAACAACAACAAACAUGAAGACCACACCUGCAUCCCUACACGAUCUCUCAUCUUCAUCUACAUCUUCACCGCCUCAUCGAAAUAGUAGGAAUGUGUUCCAAAUGUUGACCAGGAGAGAGAUAGCUCCAAGAAUAAAAAAGCAUGUGUCGAGAAGGCAUAGAGGUAGAAAUUUUGAUCUCAACCAUAGAAGAUAUGUUAAGCCCAACAGUGAAAGUGCAAGGGAUUCAAGGCGCGAACUUCUUUCAUGGGUGGAAACCGAGUCUUUGGGGUGGUUAUCAGCCAAAUAUUGUUCAUUAAUGCCUUCACCGAGGUCGACUAUUGCAGCAGCAUUUAGUCCGGAUGGGAAAAUUCUUGCUUCUACUCAUGGUGAUCAUACUGUUAAAAUAAUUGACUGCCAAACUGGAAAGUGUUUAAAGGUUUUGAGUGGACAUAGACGAACACCUUGGGUGGUUAGAUUCAACCCGUUGCAUCCGGAAAUACUUGCUAGUGGAAGUUUGGACCAUGAAGUUCGCUUAUGGAAUGCAAAUACAUCAGAAUGCAUAAGAUCUCGUGAUUUUUAUCGGCCUAUUGCUUCCAUUGCAUUUCAUUCUGAAGGUGAACUGCUUGCAGUUGCUGCAGGCCAUAAGCUGUAUUUGUGGCAGUACAACAGUAGAGGUGAGACUUCUUCACCUGCUAUUAUAUUGAGGACUAGACGUUCUCUUCGUGCUGUGCAUUUCCAUCCACAUGCUGCUCCACUUCUAUUAACCGCCGAGGUGAAUGAUCUUGACUCUUCAGAUUCUACAAUGGCACCCGCAACAUCUCAGGCUUAUAUGCAUUACCCCCCUCCUGCUGUAUAUAUGGGCAAUAUGCAUCGCAUUGACCGUUUGAGUUUAGCAGCUGAAUUACCAUUAGUACCCUUACAGUUAAUGCAGACUGAUGGUGCUGGUGCUUCAAACAUGAAUAUAUCUGGUGUUGAAGAUAUGGGGUCAAGUCAGUUGGGUCGGGAUUCAGGUUUGGACCCGUUAAGAGAACAUGUACGUUGGGAACUACCGUUUAUGCAAGGAUGGUUAAUGGGUCAAAGUCAAAACCAAGCAGGCCCACCACCAACUUUUCCUCUCGGUGGUAGUCCACAUAGAUAUACGGUUGCAACCGAGCCACCGUUCAACAUAAAUCUCGGUCAAACCAAUGAGGCAACUGAUGGGGUUGACUCGAUUCCUAUGAUGAAUAUAAUACAAUCUCAAAUAUCUGCGUCACUUACUGCUACUGCAGCCGCUGAGUUGCCUUGUACUGUAAAGCUAAGAAUAUGGUCUCAUGAUAUAAAAAAUCCAUGUGCCUUGCUCAAGCCUGAAAGUUGUCGUUUAGUAAUACCACAUGCUGUCCUUUGCAGUGAAAUGGGUGCCCAUUUUUCACCAUGUGGGAGAUAUCUAGCUGCGUGUGUUGCAUGUGUACUUCCUCAGUUUGAAGCUGAUUCCGGGAUAUCAACGCAACUCCAUCAAGAUGUGAGCAGGGCCGGAACAUCUCCUACACGCCAUCCAAUCUCUGCUCGCCACGUCAUCUAUGAACUUAGAGUAUAUUCACUUGAGGAGGCCACCUUUGGUUCGGUACUUAUCUCGAGGCCUAUUAGAGCUGCUCACUGUUUAACUUCCGUCCAGUUUUCACCUAGUUCUGAGCACAUACUGCUUGCUUAUGGCCGUCGUCAUAGUUCUCUUCUAAGAAGCAUUGAUAUCAAUGGUGACACCUCCUUAUCAAUUUACACAGUUUUGGAGGUAUAUAGAGUUUCAGAUAUGGAACUCGUGAGUGUGCUUCCGAGUGCAGAAGACGAGGUGAAUGUAGCUUGUUUUCACCCUUUCUCUGGUGGAGGUAUCGUCUAUGGGACAAAGGAAGGUAAGCUUAGAAUCCUUCAGUUUAACGGUGCUCGCGGGACAAAUUUUACCAGACCUGAUAACUAUCUUGAAGCACAAAUGGUCGAUGUUGAAUAAUAGUACAGGAAUAAAGAGGUUGCUUCCAGUGAGACCCCCGGCUCGGAGCGUGCACCAGCUAUCCUAACCGAUGCUGCUAGCUGGAUUUGGUUCCAUGGACUACUGCUUUGGUUUUUCUUUCACUCACUUUUGACCGUUUUUUCUUUUUUUUUUUUUUUUUUGGUAUGUUUGACCAUGUACAAUAUGUUUAUUAACAGGGCAGUUGGUACACCCGAAAUGGCCAUUUCCCGUGGCUGCUUUUCGGUUGUCUGUAGGUUUAAGUGAUCCACCAUGUACUGUAAUUAUCGAUGCUUGUUUGUUUUCUUGUUGUAGUUAACUUGUAAAGAUUUUCUUUCCUGAUUUUUUUGGUGAAUGGUGUUUUUUUC